UGUUUUGACUAGGUUGAAGAAAAAACCGCGGCUAGUGGCUAUUACCACUCCGCCUCCUCCACCACCUAUAUUGACCCCUUGAUUUAUGUUCACAGUUGUCCAAUUCUACGGUGCAACUUCUGUCUGUCCCCGGUCGACCAUGGUGCGAAACCUAGCAUCAUCCACUGUUGUUGCAGGUAAGCCAUCUUUGUGUCUUUGUUGAUAUCUCUUCUCCCUAGCAAGCACAGUUGCAGUAGACAGCAUAGGAGGAGGAGGAGGAGGAGAAGGAGAUGGCAGCAGCCAAAGCCUUGCAUUUAUGUACACCAUCCCUCACCUUCUGUUCCAAAUCCAAAUCUCUCAAAUCCCCAAAGAAGAACUUUGUCACAUUGCCAUGUUAUCCACGAAUCAAGGCAGAGGCAGCAGCAUCGUCGACAAAAGUGUCUACCCAAAACACACUAACCCCUUCUCAGUUUAGAGUUGAUAUUCUCUCAGAAUCACUUCCAUUCAUCCAGAAGUUCCGAGGCAAGACCAUUGUUGUCAAAUAUGGCGGUGCUGCCAUGAAAUCCGACCAUCUUAAGGCCUCUGUUGUCAGCGAUCUUGUCCUCCUCUCUUGCGUCGGCCUCCACCCCAUCCUCGUCCACGGUGGUGGCCCUGACAUCAACAACUGGCUUCGCCUACUAAACAUCGAGCCCAUCUUUCAUGACGGUCUUCGUGUUACUGACUCUCAAACCAUGGAGAUUGUCUCCAUGGUCCUUAUUGGUAAGGUCAACAAGAACUUGGUCUCCCUCAUCAACAAGGCUGGUGGUACUGCCAUUGGCCUGUCUGGCAUGGAUGGCCGCCUCCUUACCGCGCGCCCCUCUCCCAAUUCUGCUAAUCUGGGCUUUGUUGGUGAGGUUGCCGGUGUCGACUCCACUGUUCUGCAGCCACUCAUCAACAGCGGGCACAUCCCUGUUAUAGCGUCCGUGGCAGCAGACAAGUAUGGACAAUCAUACAACAUCAAUGCAGACACUGUGGCAGGGGAGGUGGCUGCAGCAUUGGGGGCGGAGAAGCUUAUUCUGCUGACAGAUGUGGUGGGGAUUUUGGAGGAUAAGGAUGAUCCUAAAAGCUUGGUGAAGGAGAUUGACAUAAAGGGUGUGAAGAAGAUGAUAGAGGACAAGAAGGUGGCUGGUGGGAUGAUCCCGAAAGUGAACUGCUGUGUGCGGUCUCUUGCUCAAGGAGUUAGGACUGCAAGUAUCAUCGAUGGCCGUGUCGAGCACUCUUUGCUUCAUGAGAUCAUGUCUGAUGAAGGCGUCGGGACUAUGAUAACCGGGUAAUUUGUGUUGGCUUUCGAAUGUAAUAAUUGUGAUUUAUUCCAAAUAAUUAUCGUUUCUUGAUUAGAAUUUACCCGGAUUAGCUGGAACUGUUGAAUGCAUUGUAACUUUUUGGUGCCUCAGGCUUAUCUUGAAUACUGAUUAUCAGAAUUCUUACUGUUUUGAUAGAAUAUAUUUCAAAUUGUAGCUUUAAUGUUUACUAAACGUCUGAUUUUAGUUUCGCU